AGAGAUAUGCAUUUGUGCGCCUGAACAGAGACAGAAAGGCUUUCAUCAACUCAGUCGCUCAGAAAGUUCUCUAUAUCGCGGACUCAAAUGCAAUCACAAGCGUUCAAUGGAAUAUUAAAGCUGGCAAGUUGUCAAGGAAUAGACCUUUCUGUUAUCUGAGCUUCUGUUGGGGCGUUUGUGACCUUGACAACCAAAUCUGCACUGUGUUUGUGCUGGUGCGCUGUCAACCCCGCUGCCGCUGUGUCAUUUGUGGCAGCUAAAUUGAAGGAGUGCUCCAAUCGUCUUGCCCCUCGCCACGCGUGCGGGAAGCCCUGCUCAUUCCACUGUCUGUCUUCCUGCCCACAAACAUUCCAUUAUAAACAAUGACCUGAAGCCAUAUAGCAUCUGCUCCAUGAAAGAUGUUGAUUUCAUUGGCAAAACACAGCUCUUUUGGGUUAUGGUGCACUGAGCGGUAUGAUGGAGCAGACCUCGUACAAUAACUUGCAUCGAUGGGAUUCACUUUAUAUGCAAAGUGAACACAACUAACAUAAUACAAAAAUGGACCACAAGCAUGGCCUUCUAAACGCCUUUGAUGAAAAAGUGGAGUACUGCAAAAGCAAGCCCAGCAACAGGUCGAUGAGUGUAUGGACGUUCACAGAGAACAACAGAGCACAACAUCAAGCAUGGGGCCCAUGGACACUCUGGUCUGUACGGAAAAUCAAAAUCUUAAGCUUUCUUUUUGGACUUACAGUCACCAUUCUAAUCAUGGCGUCUUACAUCUUGACGAGGGACCAGAAAGGGCUCUUUUUAACGCCGUCACCGUAUCACCUUACCGUAGUGUCUCAUCUGGCACAGCAACCCCUUAAUCUGUCUUUCACUACUGACAACACCGUUGUGAGAGAAGUGGUGAGGAGGAUUGUAGCCAAAGUGGAUUUCAGUUGUAGAAGAGUGCCUGACCUGGGAGAAGUGAGAGAGAAAGAGGCAAACAUAUUCACUGCAAUUCCUCGAAUAUUUCUUCCCAAUCUCAAGAACCCCUGCUGGUAUGAAGAAUUCUUUGGGAAUAUCACAGCCGAUCCAUAUGGGAAAAACUUGUAUGCCCUUUACUCAAAGCGCUUCCAAGCAAUAUAUGACCACCUGCGCAGAGCGUUUCCAGCUCACCUGCAUCAGCAUGCUGGUAGACAUUACCGCCUGCGCUGCCUGCCCUUGUUUUACAUCAUCGGCCAGCCCAAGUGUGGCACCACAGAUCUCUACGACCGCUUACGGCUACAUCCAGAGGUCCAUUUCACCACGAUGAAGGAACCACACUGGUGGACACGAAAGAGGUUUGGUAUCAUCAGGUCAGGUAAUGCUUUUCAGAACCCCUAUCCACUGAACGACUACCUGGAUCUUUUUGACCAAGCAGCCAAUCAGAUUCAAGAUCACUUGAUGAGCAACUCCUCCAAAAGCCACAAAAAAGUCAACAUCAUAAUCGGUGAAGCGAGCGCAUCCACAAUGUGGGACAAUAAUGCUUGGGUUUAUUUUUACGACAAUGGAACGGGGGUGGAGCCUCCUUUUCUGGUUCAAGACUUCAUUCAUGCUGUCCAACCAGAUGCCAGAUUCAUUGUGAUGCUCAGAGACCCAGUAGAGAGGCUUUACUCAGACUAUCUAUACUUUGGCAUGGCUAAUAAAUCUGUGGAGGAUUUUCAUGAGCGAGUAUCAGAAUCGCUGCACCUGUUUGAGGGCUGCUUGGCUGAGAGGUCCAUCCGUUCCUGCAUUUACAACACCACUCUUAACAACUUGAUGCCUGUGAGGCUUCAGGUGGGACUGUAUGUCAUAUACCUGCUGGACUGGCUGAAUGUUUUCAGUAGAGAGCAAAUUCUCAUCCUACGACUGGAGGAUCAUGCAGCCAACCGGAAAAUCACUAUGCGGAGAGUCUUUGAAUUUCUUCAGUUGGGUCCUCUUACUCUCCAGAAGGAAGCAGACAUCACAAAGAGUCCCGCCUCAAACACCAGACGACCAGCCAAUCGAAAUCUAGGCCCAAUGCUGCCCAUAACCAAGGAGAUCCUGCAGAACUUCUACAGGCCUUUUAACCAGCGCCUGUCGCAGGUGCUGAAGGACCCUGCCUUUCUCUGGACGUAACCCUGAGGAAGAGGGAAUAAACAGACAUGGAUUAUUGUAAUAGAUAAAAGGGACACAAAUUAAACUCUAGGCUGGUACUGGGUGGCUGGUAUCACCUUUGGCCAGAAUUUAAAUUAAAGCAAACUUCUUCUAUAUAGUGAUACCACUGACUUUUUUUUUUUUGUUUUUUGCUUUGGUUAUUGGUGCUGGACACUUUUUAAUUAUUGCACUUUGAUACUCUGAGAGUAUUUGGUCACAAUGACCACUGAUAAAUUAACAAUUUAUUUAGUCAGUAUGACCACUGAGAAAUUAAUAGGCCUAGACGAUUUAUUUAAUGUAUCCGUUAUAUGG